AGGCGGCGCCAGUAGUACGACGUCAGUCGUGUGUAAUGUGUACCUAUAGUUUCCUUCUGUUUUGAAACCCAAGCAAGCUAAGUGAUAGAGUUCCUUGAACAAUUAAAAGGGGUUUUCGAGUGUUUCAUAGUGCAAUCCUUCAGUUUGAAGAAGAUGGAAAAGAGAGUUGUGUUGGAAUUACGGGGAAGGAAUCCCUCGCAGAUCAAGGAGCUUAAUUUGGAUAACUGUAGAAGCACUAACAUUGUUGGGCUAACAGACGAGUAUACCAACCUCGAAAUUCUAAGUCUCAACAAUGUUGGUCUCACAACACUCAAAGGAUUCCCCACACUGCCCAAGUUGAGGAAGUUGGAACUCUCUGAUAACAGGAUAUCUAAUGGACUCAACUUUCUGAAAGGAUGCAAGAGGCUAACUCAUCUCAAUUUGUCGGGAAAUAAAAUAAAAGAUUUGGAGAUGUUACAGCCACUGGAUGAGUUUGAGAACCUGAGAGUACUAGAUCUAUUUAACAAUGACGUCACUAACAUUGAUGACUACAGGGCGAAAGUUUUUGCAUUGCAUCCUUCUGUCAAGUACUUGGAUGGAUUUGACCGAGAGGACAGAGAGGCAGAGGAUAGUGACGCAGAGGAGGAAGAUGUUGAGGAACUGAAUGGAAACAAUGACAGCGAGGAAGAUUCAGAGGUGGACGACGAAGAAGACGAAGAUGAGGAUAUAUCACUGAGCGCAGUUUAUCGUGAUAACUUAGAGGAGGAGAGCUCUGCCAGCUCACUGUUCGCGGGCAGCGACGUCGAGGAGGAGGAGGACGACGACGACGACAACGACAACGACGCUGACGCCGAACACAACACCAAGGCUAAAGAUGGAGAGAACGCGCGCGAGCCCGAAGAGAGUACUCGAGGUAAAAAGCGAAAACAUGAAGACGAAGACGAGAAUUGAAAGUUGCCUUAUGCGGAGUUAUCUUACUAGUUCGUAAGUGUACAGCGCUCCGAAGCAUCGGACAAUAAACCUGAUCAUAGUAAUGCAAUGUGUACCACAACACCGGCGCGCCGCGGCGAGUCGGCGUGGGAAUAUCCGACUCCGAAACCACAUGGGUCCAUAUGAACGCGACGAGAACUAAAUCUUAUCACCAUAAUCUGAAAUUUUUAAUGUUGAUGUCUUUUUUGUGUGAAAUCUGUAGUUUGUUGUCCGAAAGUUAAUAAUUCAAUUAAAUUGUUUAUGUAAUAAUUAUUUUUUAUUCUAUUGACAUGCUUACUUUAGUCUAAUCGAAUGAAAUGCGAGUGCAUGAUUGUUAGAUGUAAAAUUAGCUCUCGGAAUUUCUUAAAAUUACAAUUUUAUUGAUAUUAGCUUUAAGUGGUAAGUAAUAUUAAUAUUAACGGUGAACGAUGAUUGGUCGUACAUUUGUAAUUCUGUUUUGAAAAUGAUAAAUUCUAUGCGAGAUAUUCCGCCUGUGUAAUACUUUAUAUGACCAAUACUGGUUGAGACAUUUGAAGGUAUAACUGAUGCCAUCGGUCGCCAUUCAUAUUUACGCGCCAUAGUGACUGAAACGCAUAAUGUUUAUCUACAAGAACAGAAUAUGAUAAGUACUAGAUCACUUUCAAAAUCAUCUUGCUCCCAUACCGAAUCAAAAACAUCUGUAUUAUGUAUACCUAUCAUAUAAAAGAUGGAUAUGUUACAGUUCCAGUCAAAACUACUUUUAACUACAAAAAAUAGUAUAAACUUCUAUUGACUAAAUAAAGACUACUGGUCAGAUGUAGUUUUGAUUGAAAAAUAUUGGUCAGUCAAAACUACUUUUGACUAUUUUUUGCAGUCAAAAGUACAUAGUUUUGACUGGAUGAGAAUUUGACUGUAAGGUAAAAUUUAUUUUGGUUAACAAUUUUUUCAAAGUUCAUUUUUAUUUCUUAUAUAGGUAAAUAUUAUAAUAUUAAAGUAAAAAACCAUUUGCCAUUUUGUCAUGUUGAAGGAAACCAAGAGGAGCUUUUGAACUAUCCUAUUUCAUAAAAUAAAUAAUUCAGCUAGGCUAGUCGGUCGGAAAGCCAUUAAACAAUAAAUUAAGUCAAUUGUUUUGUAUUUAAUAUACAAAAUUAACAGUUAUCUUCAUGUACAGGACAAAAAUAUCAUAAUGAUAGCGCUCUUCUAAAACUUAAUAAAUAAUAAUUUAUUUUAUUAAAAUUAGAGUCUGCUCUAAUCUUAAAUAAUAUGUAUUGAUGAAUUUUAAAUUAGUUUUGUAAUCUCACUUCGAAAACUUAUGGCAGUUGGUGGGAUUAGGCUCAAUUCAUACUAAGGCAGAUUCGAAGGGGAUUAAAGCGUCAAUCGGAAACUUAAUAUAACAAAUUCACCCCUAUCUCCACAACGUAAGGCACAUAUUCCUUCUAAGAUAAAAGGAAGACGCGAAUUCUCGCGCAUUUGACGGAAUUCGUGCGUCUGAUCAAAACCAACGCUGAAAGCGCCUAUUAUGGGAACCAACGCGAAGUCACACGUCAGUCGGAAUCGGAAACUGACCCGUGUAAAAUGAAAAAGCGUGCAAACGCGCGCAUUAGUGCAACAUCGCUUUAAUUGUGAAUUUCACGCUUUGAUUCUGCGCUAGUAUGAAUUGACCCUUAAAUAGCCGACCUGAUUUUCGA